CGGCAGCCAGUGGAUUCGACUGUCAGUGGGCUUAAAGAACCGCGCGGUUGACGUGACGUGUUUUUACAUAGUGUUUAAGCUUUAAAAUUUAAAUAACAAGAAAUACUUAAAAGAUGUAUUUUUUCGCCUUGAUUUAAUUAACUUGUUCAUGUUAAUUGUUCAGUAACGCAAGCUUGGUCAUACACCAACACUAAAAUGGAACCAAACCUACACCAACCGGUGAUACUGGGAAACAGGAACUUGAGUGAACUGAGCUCAGAGGAACGCGCCAGAUAUGAUCACCAAAAACUUCAUGAAAUGCAUAAAGGGCAUGAGAAAAUGCACCUGGAAAUGAUCCUAGUCCUAAUCGUCGUCCUAAUUGUAACGCAAGUUCUUCUAAUUGAAUGGAAGAAAAGGUACUUUAGGAGCUACCUUAUAUUCACUUUACUUGCGAUGUGGUUGAUUCCAAUUGGUAUCAGUAUAAAACACCACUGGUACAGGUUCAUAUUCGCCUGGUUAGUUUUCUCUUGCAUUACCGGCCUAAUUUUCAGAAAGGCCAUCCAAAAGCCUUUAGAUCGAACCACCCCAAGGCUAGUGUACAAAUGGUUCCUUUUCCUGUAUAAAUUAAGUUACGGUUUAGGCAUUAUUGGAUAUAUGCUGAUGAUGGCCACCUUUUUCGGAAUCAAUUUGCUCUUCAACGCCAAGCCGGACGCUUAUCUAGACGCAGCAAUGGUCAUAAUUUUUUAUGGGCUUUAUUACGGUGUGUUAGCGAGAGAUAUUUCCGAAAUAUGUACAGAUAAAAUGGCUUCACACAUAGGCUACUACUCACCAGAAGGAAUUCCAACUAAACAUUUGGACCCGAACGUAUGUGCAAUUUGCGGAAAUCGGCUACUAGUUGGGGCAGAUGAAGAAGGCAUCAUUGAAAACACGUACCAAUUGAGCUGUGAGCAUGUAUUUCACGAAUUUUGUAUACGAGGUUGGUGUAUAGUUGGUAAAAAGCAAACUUGUCCGUAUUGCAAAGAAAAAGUAGAUCUCAAACGAAUGUUCUCAAAUCCCUGGGAAAAACCGCAUAUACUAUUCGGGCAGCUUUUGGAUUGGAUUAGAUAUUUAGUGGCUUGGCAGCCUGUAGUCUUGUUCAUAGUACAAGGAAUUAACUAUGUUUUAGGCCUUGAAUAAGACUGAUUCCAGGUAAA